GUCAUAGUGUCUUUCUCUUUCUAUCUCUCUCUCUCUCUCCGAGGCCAUUCAUCGAGGCUGUGUUUUUUGUUUGUUUAUCAGGUGCUGCUUGCGUUCUAAGCAUUUUUCCCUUCUUCUCUUCCUCCAGAAAUUCUUGAAAGUCAGGCAGAGAGAGAGAGAGAAGAUCGAAAAACCCUAGACGAGAACCCCCUGCCCCUCGCAUGGUCUUCUUCCUCGCCCUCUGGCAUGGAAGCUGCAGCCAUACCCUUCGUCGGAGCCGCUCCGUGGCGUAGCCGCCCGAUGCUCCGUCUCCGGGGAUCUUUUCACUUAACCAAGGCAUCAUUUGUCAUUGGGUUUCUAUCAUGCAUCUUCUUCUCCUUUGUUGCAUGUGUACAUUGCUUUGAGGUUGGGAGGCAAGAAGCUGUGGAAGAAAACAAUGGAUGCGGAUCCUCUAAUGGCAAUUAUGGUGCCGGCAUUCGGAAUAUUGUUCUUGGUGGGGAUGUUGAUUCAGAUUAUACUCCAGACAAUUCAAAAGCUCGCAUGACUCUUGGCAAUAUCUGUAGCGAGUUUUUCUGCUUUCCCUCAACACUGCCUGGUUUUUUGUCUGAGAACUCCAACACCAAGGAUACUACUUUGGAAGACUCUUUGAUUAGGCCUGACAAUCAAUUAUUCGUUGGAGUGGGACCGGGUGAAUUUACUCAGUGGGCAAAUAACUCCAGGUGGUCAUCAGAUUAUGGUAUAUCUAUAUUAUCAAAUGGAAGGACCGUCUCUUGUUCUUUGAACUCUAGGAAGAAUGUUAAUGAAUUCUCAUAUAUUCAAACAUCUGGUGCUAAUCAACAUGAUAUAUCUUCUUGUAGAGCACCUCUCCUUAAUCCAAAAAGUGUCAGUUUUAGUCAGGGCAAGAAUUCUGAGAUGGACAAGUCAGGUUCCUUUGACGGGUUUUUGUCACCCAACAUAGAAAUAAACCCUCCUAUACUUGACUGGGGAGAAAAGUACUUGUAUGGUCCUUCCAUAGCCUUCUUAACAGUGUCAAACAACUGGAGUGACAGCAUUUUACAUGUCUACCAGCCAUUCAGCACAGAUGUGCAGUUCUUUUCUUGCAACUUUACUGAAGCAGUACUAGAACCUGGUGAAGUGGCUUCUCUCUGUUUUGUCUUCUUGCCUAGAUGGCAGGGUUUGUCCUCAGCUCAUUUGAUCGUGCAAACAAAUUUUGGAGGUUUUUUGGUGCAGGCCAGAGGCUUCGCAGUCAAGUCUCCCUAUGGGAUUCAGCCCAUAUUAGGUGUAGAUGAAUCUUCCACUGGAAGGUGGAGAAAGAACUUGUCGUUGUUCAAUCCUUUCGAUGAGAGCCUCUACGUGGAAGAAAUAGCCCUAUGGCUAUCAGUUUCUCUGGGAGAUAAUUCCCUCCAUAUGGAAGCAACUUGUACACACGAAAAUCCCUCAAGUUCUGAUGGCCUGCAGAGUGUUAAAGAUUGGUUUCUUGUGAAGAGUAGUCCUAUUGAUUUGCCAGUGAUGGCAAUGAGAUCUCAUAAAAGUUGGGAGUUGGUCCUCAGAUUAGUGAGGACAUUGUAGAGAUAGAUUUAUCUUUUGGUUCUGUUGGUAAAGUUUUGGGUGCCUUUUGCAUGCAAUUAACAACAUCUUCAAAAGAUAGAGCUGACAUUAUGAUGGUACCGAUUGAAGCUGAGAUAGAUGAUAUGGCAGUAACUCAUGAUAUAGCUGGUCUGCUUUCCGUCUCUCUUGAGAGCGUGACAUCAUCUGAUGUUGCUGGAAGUUUUGUUAGCAUAUCUUUGAGGAAUAGUGCUACACGUGUUAUUACUGUUACUAAGAUCAGUGAAAUUGCAAAUUCAAAGCUUUUUCAGAUCAAGUACAUGGACGGAUUGGUACUCUUUCCUGACACCAUUACCCAAGUUGCUUUACUUACUUGCAAUCACGUUUCAGAUGAAAGUCAUUUUACUCAUGAGACCCUUGAUGCAGACAGAAUAUGUAAAUUACUUAUACAGACGAAUGACUCUCAAAGUCAGAUUGAAAUUCUCUGCCAGGACAUUCUACAUGUCUGCUCAGGACGUGAUUCCUUUUCUGGUUACAAUCAUCAGGUCGAUAAUGCCAAUUUUGGAAAUAAAAGGACAUUAUCAUUGGAGCAUUUGCGAGCAAAUGCUGAGGCACUGCAGACUGCAGAUUUAGAUGAGUUCGUGCUAGGAAACUGGAAAUCUCAAGGUACCAAUUGUGAGAUGUCGGUGCUUGAUAAGCAUGAGGUUUUCUUCCACAUCGUUCCCAUUGGGACUCAUCUCUCCAAGUGGAUCACUGUGCAUAAUCCAAGUCAGCAACCAGUCAUAAUGCAACUGCUUUUGAACUCGGGAGAAAUGAUUGAUGAGUGCAAGGACCCAAUUCAACUUGGGCAGCCUAUUUUGUCUGGCAUCUUGGUUCAUGGUGAAUCUGUCAAACCACCGACCUAUGGGUUUUCUGUAGCGGAGAGUGCUCUAACAGAAGCUUAUGUUCAUCCUCAAGGGCAGGCAUCUUUGGGGCCUUUGAUCUUUCACCCAUCAGAUCGUUGUGAGUGGAGGAGUUCAGUUCUGGUAAGGAACAACCUUUCUGGUGUGGAGUGGUUGUCUUUGAGGGGAAUCGGGGGGUCGUAUUCUCUUGUCCUGCUUGAAAAUUCAGAGCCUGUUGAAAAAUUGGAAUUUGACCUUGACUUUUCUGAUUCUUUGAACAUUGUCAAUCAAGAGAAGAUGACAUCCCAAAUGCAUGAUUCCGUGCACUCAUGUCAUAAGCCUUUAAUUAAGGUAAUUUAUGCCAAGAAUACAGGAGAUAUGCCAUUGGAGGUCAGGAGGAUAAGGGUUUCUGGGACAGACUGUAAGUUGGAUGGAUUCACGGUUCACAAUUGUACAAGUUUUUCUCUGAGACCUGGGGAAGCAAAGAAGCUUCUAAUAUCUUACAGAAGCAAUUUUUUGGCUCCUGUGGAACAUCGACAUCUUGAAUUGGAUUUGGCAAGUGGAAUUCUAAUUAUACCCAUGAAAGCCAAUAUUCAUUUGACCAUGCUUGGUUCAUGCAAGAAAUCUCUGUUCUUGAUUCGGGUGAAGAGAAUAUUUGCGGCGAUCCUCCUUGCUGCUCUGUUUGUGUUGUUGGUAUUAUUUUGCUUCUUCCCCCAGAUGACAGUCUCGCAGGACUGGCGAUGUGGGAGAGGAAAGGAUUCUAUUAUGACAACGCAGUGCAAAGGGAAAUCCUCAAAAGUUCACUAUAGUAGAAAAAGUAAUAAACCUGUUGGGUCCACCAAGGUGGAUCCUUUUCCUAACUUUCCAGUUGCAGAUAAACCCUUACUACCGGAGUCCAUGGCAUAUACUGAUAAUCUUCGUGGAUGUGAAGAAGUACAUGGGAUUGGUGCGCCAGAUACAAAAUCAAAUGCUCAGGAUGUGGGAACACCGGUCAUUCCUGCAGAAGCUCAGAAAGAUAGGGAACGAUCAUGUUCGCCGUUAAGUUUGGUUGGUGCUGCUGAGAGCUGCAAUGUGGUGGAGGAAGUAUCGCAGCCUGGUAACCUCAGUGUCCGCAUUGGAAAAGACAAAGGAAGAAGGCGGAGAAAGAGAAAGGGUGCUGGUGCAGGGUUUAGCACUCUACUUGAAGUUUCAAGUAGCCAAAGCGGAAAUUCGACACCUUCAUCUCCCUUAUCUCCAGUCUCUUCUGUUCCUACACCCAGAAGAAUGUGUCCUCUCUCUCCUGAUCCGGAUCCGGAACAAUGUAUUGAGACCAGAAAUCCCCUUUCUCAGUGGCCAGACAGGGAGAGGCGUCAAGUUUCCAAACCUGAUAAGAGCGCAAGCUGUUUGGAACCCGCAGUUUCAAAGAAAAAGAGUUCCGCUGUACUUCACGUGCAGCCCCCAGCACCAGCAAAAACUGCUAGUAAGCCCGUGCUAUUGCCUUCUGCAACGUUCCCAUGUGCUGGGAGACCCACCUCGAGUUUGCGUCCACACGCUCGAGCUCCCGGUUCUCAUCUGUGCAGCCAAAAGAUCAUCAAGUCAGAGGAAAAGGCGGAAUCUGAGAACAAGUUCACAUAUGACAUCUGGGGGGAUCAUUUCUCCACUCUUCGUACGGCGGGUCGGUCGAUGGAUGACUUGGCCAAGAUGUUCGGUACUGUAAAUAGUGACUCUAACAGCUUCUUCGAACGGGGUCCGCAGACCCUGAUGAACAAAUACCAACCAGGAUCUAUAAGUUCUCAACAAGGUGGUUAGUGAAAUAAAUUAUGUGUUUAAUACGUCUCUCUUCCUUAGCUUAAAAUCUGCUUUUGCAUUGCAUGGCUGAAAGAGAAUAGGUAGAUUCGACGGUUUGAGUUAUCUCGGUGUGGCUAGUAUUUUUUUUUUAAUUUUUGGCGUUCUUUGGUUGGUUGAUAGAGCUAGAAAGUCCAACUUAUAGGUGGAAGAAAUAUAAAUUCCUCAAAAUAUGCAAUGUUGGAAUAUUUUAACACCCUUUUCACUUGGAAUCCAAAUUAGGAAUAGGCACACUAAAUUUGAUGGAUAAGGAUCUGCAUAGGCGCAAUUAAUUGGGUAGAAAUUGACUUGAUAUUAUGUUAGAAUGUUUAAUCCAAAAGCUUAAACUUAUAAGUGGAGGGAGAUCACUUGUUUACAGAAAGCAUAUAAAUCCCAUAGACCCGCUAGAUAAAUUCACUGAAUAUUGAAAUGUAUAACAAUGCAUAAUUGCUCAUAAUUUUUAGAAAUGCUGCUCAUUUUCAAAUUUUGAAGGAAAACUAAAAAGUAGGGGGAGAAAAUACACUUUCAAACUGUAGGCAAACAAAAGAGGGUGGGAGGAGUCCAAGCUGGUGUUAAAAAAAAAAAAAA